GCCGUGUACAAUUAGGUCAAGGACGAAAAUACAUAAGAAACCAACUUCUCAAUACAGAUGAGCAUGUCCAUCAUCUCACCUAAUAUCCUCGAACUACGCACCGUCGAGCGCCCAAUCGCACUUCAUCGUCACCAUGCACACAUCCCUAUUCCUCUCUCUGGGCCUCUUGCCCCUCGCUCUCGCCCAAGAACAAGUCCAAGAGGCACCUCCCCCACCAGUAGUCAUCCUCUCAACCAUCAAGUCCGGCGUCAUCCCAGUUCUACCUUCAGAGACUCCAUUCGCAGGCGUCGAUACGCUACAAGGUGCCAUCAUCUCGCCGCGUCCCCCUCUACCCGGCUACACAGGCCUCCUCGGCACCGCAACCGCGCAAUCCAACCAACCCACUGCAACCUACCUUGCGUCCUUACCAGAGACCCCAUUCAACCCCCUAGUAGGCGCACCCGUGCAGGGAAGCCUAGAAGCAGUCGGAGGCCCCAACGGCGUUACAUUCACCGUCAACAUCACCAACCUGCCCGACCAGGCCAAAUACGGCCCGUUCAACUGGCACAUCCACACGCUCCCCGUUCCAGACGAUGGAAACUGCACCGCCACACUAUCCCACUUCGACCCCACGAAUCGCGGCGAAUUGUACAUGUGCGAAGCUGCGCGCCCGGAGACGUGCCAGGUCGGCGAUCUUGCUGGUAAACAUGGCGGCAAGAUCACUACGCCCAAGACCUUCACGACGACGUUUGUCGACGCUUAUCUGAGCACCCAGGAGGGCAGCGCGGGCUUCUUCGGUGGCUUAGCGUUUGUUCUGCAUACUGGGAAUACGACGCGGAUUACUUGUGCCAACUUUGAGAUGGUCGUGGGAAGUGGGAAUGGAACGAGUGGGGGUGGGAAUGCUACUGGGACGACGGGCGUGCCGGGUUCCACGGGUACCGCAAUGCCUCCGCAGUUUACUGGGGCUGCUGGUGGAAAGAUUGGUGCUAGUGUUGGGGCACUUGCUAUUGCAUUUGCGGCGCUGUUGGUGUAG